GAUUUAUUACCCGACUACACCAAUUAUUUUCUUUUCCGGUGUGGCUGAACCCUAACCUCCGCUUUUACUCGACGGUUUUACACUUCCAACAAGAGACGGAAUCUACUCUUCCGCCGUGUCGGCGAACAAAAGGAGGCGGAAGGCUCAUACCGGACGCUUAGUUUCUGUUUGUCUCACGUAAUAUUCCAGGCAAUGAAGAGGACAAUGCCGUGGAGUGAUCCGGAGGAUGAUUCGUCAUCGUCGGGUUCAGAUUCUGAAGGAGAUGAUGGGGUUGACGGGGGUAAGAAGAAGGAUCGCUCUGCAGGGAAACAAUCUGAAGUCAAGUCAGGAAAGCGAAAAGGUGCAGUGGAUUUUGAAGCACUAUUGCAAAAGGGCUAUAAAGGUGGCCUAUCAGUCCUAAAUAUCCCCCCACCGAAAGAGGAUGAGAAACAGGACUGGUCUUGGUCUACUGGCAAAGAGAAGCGUGAAACCAGAGAUGAGGAAGAAUCUUACAAAGAUCGCCAAAAAACAAGAGCUGCAAUAGCUGAUGGAGAGCAGCUGGCCAAUGUUCAAACUCGAAAAGAGAAGAAUCUUUCUUUCUCCCAGAAGGAGAAGAGGAAAAGAGAGCUUGGUCAGGCUAGUAGAGGAAAGAGCUAUGUUGAAGAAGAGAAGAGGUUGUUAAGGGAUAGUGGUGUCUACUCCGGCUUUGACACGUGAGAACUUACAUCAUCAUCAUCCGAGCCUUCAUCCUUGUGGUCGGCUACAAGAGUCUAUGAGAACCAACACCUUUGUAUAUAAAAUGGUUUCAUUUGUUGAGGCCUUGCUUGUGCUACUAUAAUAAGUUUCAGUUUGUACCUGUAAUUUGAUUUCAAGGAUACUAUGGCCUUAUUGGUUCAAAUACUUCUGGGUUGUAAUAUUGAUUUUUGUGCAUGAGAAGCAUAUUAUCGAGUGCA